CCAACGUAACAAUAUCAGGUUUAGUGGGGCGAUCGUCGCCUUCCCACUCAGCCGUAGCUAAUAGCUAUCGUUAGCAUGGCCCCCCAGCCUGUCACAUUCAACAAUUCCACUUGAUUCCAAGCACUAGAGCGUGAAGGAGGCUUGGACGAACGAGGGGUAAUAGAGAGCUUUCCCUCGGGUUUCCUGUGUUCUUUUUCUUGUCCUCUCACCAAACACACAGAUUUGUUCGCGUUGGUCGAAAAGGGCCAAGCCAUCUCACAGCAACCAUGUCGCGUCAGCCCUAUAUCCGGAUCUCCCUGUUCCUCAAGCGCAAGGAGGACAUGACUCCUGAAGCCUUCCAUGAAUGGUGGGAAACGACGCACGCCGACUUUGCUCUGAAAAUCCCUGGCUUCAAGCAGGUCGCCAAACGAUACACGCAGUACCAUGCCAUUCCUCAACUUCAGUCCAUGGCGGCUGCCGUCGGAACUCCCGCUCUAGAUUUCGACGGAGUGGCUGAGUUGUGGGUGGAGCGCGUAGAGGACUACGCCAAAACCAUGGGAGAGGCGGAGGUGGUUGAGGCUUGCAAAGAGGAGGCGACCAAUUUCCUCGGCCCCGGAACCCGCAUCAUGAUCGGAUAUGAGACCUUGGUGCUCGGGGAGCCCGUUCCCGGACUGCCCCAGCAGCCAUUCUACCAGCUGUAAUGCGAUUGACUCGAAUAACGGGAUAUAUGGAUUUAUGGUCAGACCUGUACAUCUAGAGACCCAUAGCUACAUCUAGACCUCGACCAACGGGCCCGCGUAGGUUCUCCGGGCCCGG